AUGGAAAAUCGACUUCUUAAAGCAAUUGAGUUUAUUCCUUUGGUGGUUAUUGGAGUUCCAGGAAAUAUCUUCAUUUUGGUCAAAUUUGCCUUUGUCAGAAUAUUGGAGAAGAAACUACUGCCCACUAAUCUGAUCUUGAUGGUUUUGGCUUCAGUGAACCUCAUUGUUCUCGUCUCUCGUGUUAUUCCCCUGUACUUGUACUCUGUAGGACUGGAAGAAAUACUGAACGAUGCAUUGUGCAAACUCACUGUUUUCACAUACAGAGUGUGCAGAGCACUGUCAAUAUCGUUCACCAGCCUCCUUAGCUGCCACCAAUGCAUUCUCAUUGCGCCAAGUAAUAGGCAUUGGUCUUAUUUGAAGCAAAAAGUCUCCCGGCAUAUGCUGAUCAUCAUUAUGAUAGUUAUAAUAAUUAACUUCUUGCUUUAUCCUUCCUCUUUUUUGUAUGCCCAUGAAAAGAAUAAUUCUACAAGUUCACCGUACACGCUAUACUUGGUCACUUGCCGUACAGAUUUUUUAACUUAUGUCUCUUUUGUUGUUAAUGGUCUGCUACUGGUUGUCAAAGACUUUAUUUUAGUGGGACUAAUGACUCUUGCAAGCAGUUAUAUUGUGAAUGUGUUGUUCCAUCAUGGGAAAACCGUAAAAGGCAUAAGAAGCUCUGACAGCGCGGAAGGAAAAUCUGUAGAGUACAAAGCUUCUAGAGCUGUUAUUUUGUUGGUUGUUCUUUAUGUAGUUUUGUUUGGGCUGGAUAACUCUUUGUGGCUUUACACCUUGUUUAAUUCAGAACCUGAUUUGAAUGAUGCCAGAAUAGUGUUAUCAUGUUCUUACUCUGCUCUAAGUCCUAUUGUCAUAAUUACCACAAACCCUAAAUUACAAUGUAAACCCAAAUUAUCUCAAAGUAGAUUACAGAGUAAUACUCAGAAGGAAGAUCGAGAAGGGAAGCUGAACAGUAUCAGCUAA